AGUCCGAUCCGAGACAAAGUGAAACCUCUGGUGUUCUCCCUGAACGUCUCUCUGUACGAGAAGCUUCCCAAGAAAAAGAACGCCGUACAGGACCUGAAGCGCCUCCCAGUACUGAGCCAGUCACCCCGACCCAUCAGAACCCAGAUCCACAUCCAGAAGGCCUGUGGUUCUGAUAACCGCUGCCAUAGUAAUCUGCAGAUGACGGCCCAGUUCACGGAUGAGAACCAGAACCCCUUCGCUGUGCAGGAGGGCAGUCAGGUGUUGUACUACAACGCCAACCUUAACAGACUAUUUUUGGAGGUUAAUGUCAGCAACACACCGUCUCUUGGCCGACAAGCAGAGGAUGCUCACAAUGCCGUUCUGAACAUUAGCAUCCCACCAUCACUCAUUUACUCCGGAGUCCGAACAAAGGGUGACAUCCAGGCGGUGAUGGGGUGUUCUGUUGAGGAUGCUGUUCUUCUGUGUGAGCUGGGGAACCCGUUCAAAAGCAACCGGCAGGUUCAGGUGUUGAUAAUAUUUCAGCCGUCUGAAAUCAGUUUAGACACCAGAGAGAUUCAGUCUCUGCUGCAGCUGUUCACGUUCAGUGAGCAGUCAGAUCUGUUUCCUGUCUCCGUCUCCAUGUUGGUGGAGUAUUCUCUGCAGACGUCUCUCACUCUAAUCACUCCUCCGGGUCCCGUCUCCUUCGGUGGUCAUGUGAUUGGUGAGUCGGCCGUGAAGGAGACGGAGGACGUCGGCAGUUUGCUGCUCUUCACCUUCCAGGUGCACAUCAGUGGGAAGCCGCUGGGUCGCCUAGGCAACCUGCAGGUGGAGUUUGAUUGGCCGACAGAGGUGUCCAAUGGGAAGUGGUUGCUGUACCUUACAGAGAUCCGAGUGAACGACUCGUCAGAGGCUCGCUGUGCUCCGCCGGGCGACAUCAUCAACCCCCUCAACCUACUGCUGUCAAAGGAGAAGAGAAAGAGGAGGAGUCUGGAAGAGAAGAAGGAGGAGCCGAGAGAAAAACCUCUACCUCUCCUCCACCAGAAGAAGACGUCCUACAUUCUGGACUGUGUUCACGGAGCUAAAUGUGUGACCUUCGUCUGUCCGCUGACCAACAUGAAGAACUCAGCAACUCUGACUGUCAGAGCCAGACUGUGGAACUCCACCAUGAUGGAGGACUACAGAGAUGCUCGCAGUGUGUUGGUUCGAGGUCGGGUGACUCUGAAGCUGCAGACGAACAAACCGACCAUCAACAUGGAGCCUCACAGCUCAGAGAUUGAAGUCCACAUCUAUCCCGACCCGGGUCAGCAGCCGGGGUCCAGAGCCCCCAUGUGGAUCGUCGUGGUCUCCGUCCUGGCUGGAGUUUUACUGCUGGCUGUGAUCUGCCUGCUGCUCUGGAAGUGCGGUUUCUUUGCGCGUCGGAGGGCGUGGCGGACCACGACGCUCCACCAGGGAAGGAUUAUGGGUAAAGAUGAGCAGCAGCAGCAGCAGCAGCUCAGGAACUCUGACGGCUUCCUGAUCCAAGACCACGUCUCCUCAUCCAGGAACAGGAAGUCACCCAGACACUGGGUCACCUCCUGGACUGAUAUGCACUGAGAGGCAGAAUCAAUGGAAACACAUCCUGAACCGGAUCAAUUCAGACCAUCACACCCUGAACCAGACCAAACCAGA